AUGGUUGAUCCAAAGAAAACACUUCAGAUUCCAUCCUUCAUUUUUGCAUUUAUUGGAACGGUUCUGAAUUUCGUUGCGAUAGCGACACCAUCAUGGCAGGUUGUUUAUGCAAGAGAAUUGCAACAGUGGAUUAAAAGUGGUUUAUGGAUGCAUUGUCAAACCAGACCAUCUGGGAUGCUUUCGUGCACAUACACAUUCACAAAAAACGACUACGAUUUUUAUACGAGUGCCGAUCUUAUCAAUAUUAGGACACCAGCAUUUUUUGAAUGGCAACACAAUUUGUUGUAUGUGUUAUUGGGUGCACAAUUUAUCGCUCAGCUCGCACUGAUCUCGUUUUGUGUCUCGCAUGCGCAUUCAGCGCAUCGAAUCGCCUCGUGGUUUUUUUCUGUGGCGAUCGCAAUUUCAGUUUUGAUUCAUUUCUGUGCAAAUGUAGCCUUUCAAGUUCUCGCACAUAUGGUCGAAUACCGAUUUUAUCAUGUCAGUGUCAGCGGUAUCUAUGAGAAGCAUGUGGGCUAUUCGUAUUAUUUACAUCUGUUCGGCACAUUUGUACUGCUGCUUGCGUUGAUCUUGUCGAUUGCGUACGUCAUAAUGGAUUAUCGUUUGGAACGAAGUAACGCAUCGUUGCGGAGUCAACUCGGAGCACCUUUCAAUCCCUAUCAGGUGAAUGAGACCUCAUGCAUGGUAUAG